AUGAAUACGGACGGCCGUUCUGUCCGUAAUCUCUCUAAAUUGGAUGCGUCAAUCCCUCACGAUUUUAUCGCUCCAGGCAAAAAGAUCCACGAGUCGCAAGAUGUUUCCGCCUUCUUGGUGUCAAAAGCCUACACUGAUAUCAUGACCUUCCUUCUACAACUCAAUCGCUCGAUGUUCCCCUCGAAACUUCCCGAUGGAACCUCACAGAGUUGGCCCAUCGGGACCGAUGCAGUCCAGUUCUCUGCGCCUAUCCGCCAGCUUCAAGUGUUGCUCUCCAAGGUCGAAGAUUUAAUACAGGAGGUUCCACCGGACAAUGGACCGCGGCGAUUUGGAAAUAUCAGCUUUCGAAGAUGGCAUGAAGUUUUGGCUGAAAGAGCCUCAGAUCUGCUUAGGGAUUGUUUGCCUGCGGAGCUUUUGGAUACCCCCUCAGCAGACCCAGCUGGGCCUACAGCAGAGGCUGAACUGAAGGCAUACUUUCUUGGUAGCUGGGGAAGUGGUCAACGGUUGGACUAUGGAACUGGACAUGAGCUAAGUUUUUUGGCAUUUCUGGCAGCUAUCUGGAAGCUCAAUGGAUUCCCACAAUCAGAGUCUGGUGUCGAGGAGAGAGCUAUGGUCCUUGGGGUUAUUGAACCAUACCUUGAACUGAUUCGGGCUUUGAUAAAAACAUACACCCUGGAACCAGCUGGGUCUCAUGGUGUCUGGGGACUUGAUGAUAGCUCUUUCAUUCCUUAUAUUUUUGGUUCCGCACAGCUAUCCCCAGCCAUCAACAAGGCAGAUCUCAUUCCUGAAGAAGGCUCACUCCCAGGCGCGCCUGAUCCAGGUGGAGUUGCCAAGGCAAACGCGGUUGAAAGGGAAAGGAAGACCAAUAUGUACUUUUCAGCAGUUGGGUUCAUUCAUGAUGUGAAAAAGGGUCCAUUCUGGGAACACAGCCCCAUGCUGUAUGAUAUCUCCGGCAUCCGAGCUGGCUGGGGCAAGAUCAACAAGGGGAUGGUGAAGAUGUAUAACGCAGAGGUUCUGUCCAAGUUCCCUGUGGUACAGCAUUUCCCAUUUGGAUCUUUGUUUAGCUGGGAACGAGAUCCCAAUGCAGUAGCACCUCCCACUACAGUGCACUCAACCUCUGGUCCCCAAGCUCGGCCUGUUGUACCAGAUGGAGGUGUGUCAUCGACUCCUGCUCGACCAACAGUGGAUGCAGGAACAAAGGCACCAUGGGCUACUGCAGGAGCGGGAUCUCGUGCACCUCCUAUGGGACCUACUGCAGCACCUUGGGCAGCUGCGCAAAGGAAUGGCCCUCCGGCUUCGAUCUCAACUCUUCCCGACACAUCCCGGAUGCCUCCCGGCCCUAUGGCUCCGACGAGAGCUCCCUGGGCAGCUUCUCAAGCUGCGCCACUGCCAGGAGAUGGAGGUCAAGUGCCCACAAAGGCGCCUUGGGCCAAAUAG